UCUGCUGUAAAUAAAAAUGCAUGGCAUUGUUUGCUGUCUUACCUAACUCACCAUGCCAUUGAAAUGGAAACUCUGUAAUAGCCCCAGUGACAGAAGAUUCUUGGUUUCUGUUCUCAAGGCAUCCAGGACAACUACAGCCUCUCCAGCAUACAUUUCGCUGCUAGAAGAGGACACUUUUCCUCUGAAAGUGUCUUUGGCCUGCAGUAGGAUGGGAGUGUCAAAAAAUUGCCAGCCUUCUGCUUCUCUUACAAGCUCUCAAGCCUUCAACAGUGAGACACAUAGCUCAGCUGUGCUGCAGGGGUUUAACAACCUGAGAAAUAAUGGUUUACUCUGCGAUGUUACUUUAGUGCCAGAAGAUGGAGAUGAAAGAUUUCCUGUGCAUAGAGCCAUUAUGGCAUCAGCGAGUGACUAUUUUAAGGCCAUGUUCACAGGUGGUAUGAAAGAACAGGAACUGAUGUCUAUCAAACUACAUGGAAUAAGCAAAACAGGACUGAAAAAUAUUAUAGAGUUCAUCUAUACAUCCAAACUGUCUCUCAAUAUGGACAACCUCCAGGACAUACUAGAGGCAGCCAGCUUCCUUCAGAUAAUGCCUAUCCUUGAGUUCUGCAAAGAGCUUCUAAUUUCUCAGGUUUCUCUCGAAAACUGUGUCGAAAUUGGUCGUAUUGCUAAUGCAUACCACUUGACCAAAGUAGAUGAUUACAUCAAAGACUGUAUUCUGAAGAACUUGUUAACACUAUUAAACAAUGGGGAAUUUAUUAAGUUGUCAUACGACCAACUUGCCUUUGCACUUGGCAAUGAUAGCCUGAAAAACUGCUCUGAGCUUCAGUUAUUUAAAGCUGCCUGUCAGUGGCUGCAGCACGAGGAAUGUCGAAUGCAGUUUGCUGCAAAACUGAUGAAGCACAUUCGUUUCCCACUGAUGUCACCACAGGAGCUUCUUGAACAUGUUCAGAAAGUUGAGUUCAUGCGAACUGAUACCACUUGUGUUAACCUUCUACUUGAAGCUAGCAACUACCAGAUGUUGCCUUACAUGCAACCAAUCAUGCAGUCAGAAAGGACUAGGAUCCGUUCCAAUUCGACACACCUGGUCACCCUGGGGGGUGUUCUCCGCCAGCAGCUUCUGGUGAGCAAGGAGUUGCGUUUGUUUGAUGAGAACACUCAAAUGUGGAAGUCGUUGGCUGCCAUGGAUGUGCCACGUUACCAGCAUGGUGUAGCUGUGAUUGGAAAUUUCCUCUUUGUAGUUGGUGGGCAGAGCAACUAUGACACAAAAGGGAAAACAGCUGUUGAUACAACAUAUAGAUAUGACCCCCGCUACAACAAGUGGAAACAGAUGGGCUCCCUAAAUGAAAAGAGAACUUUCUUCCAUUUAAGUGCUCUUAAAGGAAAUCUGUAUGCAGUAGGAGGCCGGAAUGUUGCUGGAGAAUUAGCCACGGUUGAACGCUACAAUCCGACAACCAACGAAUGGACUUUUGCCACUCGAAUGAAUGAGCCUCACUAUGGACAUGCUGGAACAGUUCAUGGGGGAUACAUGUACAUAUCAGGUGGAAUUACUCAUGAUACAUUUCAGAAAGAACUGCAGUGCUAUAAUCCAGAAACUAACAGUUGGUCCCGAAAAUCAGACAUGUCUACAGUUCGUGGGUUACAUUGUAUGUGCUCGGUUGGAGAUCGGCUUUAUGUUAUUGGAGGGAACCAUUUCCGGGGCACAAAUGACUAUGAUGACGUACUGUGUUGCGAGUACUAUUGCCCGAAUGCAGAUCAGUGGAGUCACAUUGCUCCAAUGCUACGUGGACAGAGUGACGUUGGUGUAGCAGUGUUUAACAACAACAUAUAUGUCAUUGGGGGCUAUUCGUGGAACAAUCGUUGCAUGGUAGAAAUUGUCCAGAAGUACGACCCAGAAAAGAAUGAGUGGCAGAAAGUUUUUGAUGUGCCUGAACCACUAGGUGGUAUUCGGGCAUGUACCCUGACAGUUCAUAUGCCAGAGGAUGAAUUGGAAUCACCACCUCGAGAAUCGCCACUUGUGGCACCACAUGAUACUUAGUGAUUUGAAUCUUAACCAAUGACUACUGUGGAUUCCUCCUUACUGUGCCAUCUAUUCAUUGUAUUCUUUCAACAAGCUCUACUUAACUUAAUCAAGUCAAAUAGUCUACAACACCUUUGUUUGUAAAAGGCAUUGAUGCCAUAUGUGAAAUCUAGGGCUAACUGAUUCACAGAUAACCAUAUACUGUAAAUUCAUGAAAAUUGUUCAAACUUUAAUAUAAUCUCUAUCAUUCACUUCAUGGUGAAAUGAAAAAUGUAAACAUUUCUUAGUCUCUGCAUGUCAUAUUUGUACUACCUAGUAAUUUAAAUUACAGACGUAAUUAUUGUCCCUUUGCUAACAUUUGCUACUCUCAAACAUCUUUCCGACUUGCCAACUUCUUUGAUCUCUUCCUUCAUUUGGAUGCCUAGGAACUAUCAAGACUGCCUAGCUUUCUACAAAAACACAAAUGGGGCACCAAUGAGAACUGGUCAUUGUACAUAGAUUUUUUUUCAAUGUAGCCCAAGGACUUUAUUUCAUUCCAGUAUAGUUUAUUUGAUGAUGAUAUUUUCAAAACAUCACAUUUUAAAGAGUAAGUAAAUAUAAAGUAGUUAAACAAUGA